AUGGCUGGCAAUAAUGCUGCCCUCAUUCUCGCAGUCUCUUGGACAGAAACCUGCGUUGGGCUUUUCUUUUUUGCCCUUCGAUUCGUGAGUAACUGGAAGUUUGUAGGCCGAUUUCGAUGGGACUUUGCUAUCGCAGGUCUGACGGUGGUGACUGAGACCACUGCUCAGGUAUUCCUGCAGCUUUCAGUCAAUGCCGGCAUGGGCCAACAUAUGAGCGCUCUUUCUGACAAAAGCUUGGUUCUGGCCCUGAAAUGGUCCUGGGUUUUCCAGUUGCUGGCAAUCGCUGCCAGUAUGCUGGGAAAGCUUGCGAUUCUUGCAUUCCUGGUACAGAUCCGUGGUCGCCAUGAGAAGAAACCGUGGCUGUUGAUUGUUUUGGGAAUUCUCAUCGGAGCAGUCAACAUAACUGUUCUUGGAACAAUCCUCGGUCAAUGUCAGCCAAUGCAAAAGCUGUGGGAUGACUCUAUAGAGGGGACUUGCGACCCAGGGCGCAAAAUCAACCAGAACUAUUCGUUUUUCCAAGCUAGUUUCAAUUCGUUUACCGAUGCGGUGUUGGCAAUUUACCCAGUUCAUCUCUUCUGGAAACUUCAAAUGAAAUUGCGGAUCAAGGUGGCUUUGUCGAUCCUCAUGGGGUUGGGUUGGAUAGCUGCAGUUUGCUCUGCGGUGAAAACAUAUGAGCUCAAGGCACUGACCGAAACAACGGAUAUCACCUGUAUGAUUGGGACCAUGUCAUUCUUGAAAUCGUUGCUAACAUUCCAUCUCUCACCAGGGGCUCAAUCUUCACUUAUCAUAUGGGCAUCAACAGAAGCCUGGAUUGUCAUCGUGGUGGGCUGUGUACCCCCCAUCCGACCUCUCAUGGACCGAAUACUCCAACGCUUCGGCCUCACUUCCAAAAAGACCCCAACACCCUACCAAUACCGCAACGCGAGCGGAUACGCAGCAUAUGGCACGAAUCGAUCGAAUCCGGUCAGCCACUCCAACUUCAAAUCCAAUGCCUACCGAGGGAGGACGCUUGAUGGAGACGAGGAUCCGGGCUGGAUGGAGCUGACCGCGGCCGAGGGACCGAAUGGAAGUAAGGAGCAUAUUGUUACUGGGUCCAAAGAGGUGGUCAUUACCACCGACAUUGAAACUCGGUUUGAGGAUGUGGAGAACCAUGCUGGACCAUCAUCUAGCGAUGACAGUGCGUUUAGGGAGGACUUGAGUAAGGAACACAGUCCGGACAACCGAAAAAUCGUGUAA